AUGAUGAAAAGGCAGGCCAGUUUACAGGCCCAGCUGGAUAAGACCAUUGAUCCGGCUGAGAGAGCCGGCCUUCAGGACGAGAUUUCGAGAAUUUCGAAGGCCCUGAAUGAAGAAGGCGGUCUUGAUAAAUACCAACAAGCGUCAAUAGCGGGUCAGUCGACAACUCGGGGAGGAGAUUCGUCGAAAAUCCUAGUUGACUGGCUGAAGGACGAGUUGAAGACUGAAGACCAGUUGAGAACUGAUCUUUCGCUUCUGGAGGUUGGCUGUUUAUCUGUUAAAAAUGCCUGUUCACAGAGUAAACUGUUUUCGAGUAUUGAACGGAUCGAUCUGAAUUCUCAAGACCCGCUUAUUAAAAAACAGGAUUUCAUGGAGAGACCACUGCCCCGGCAGAACCAGAAGGAAACAGACAGAUUCGACGUUAUUUCGCUGUCACUUGUACUUAAUUAUGUUCCUGAUGCCGUCACUCGGGGCCAGAUGCUCUAUCGAACCACCCAGUUCCUGAAACCACCGUCCACACCAGGACGACCUCUGCCAGCUCUUUUCUUGGUACUUCCAUCUCCGUGCACCAACAACUCUCGCUACCUGACCGAAGAACGACUUCUUCAGAUUCUUCAAACACUGGGGUACACUUUAACACAACGCAAAGAGGCCAAAAAAGUCGUUUACUGGCUGCUCACUCUCGAAAAACCACCACUCACCCCCUCUCAAGCCGCCAAACUCAAAGGCAGGUUCAAAAAGAAGCUCCUUAACGACGGUAAAAUCCGCAACAACUUUGCUGUAGUAAUCUGA